UUCGAUUACACUGAUCAUCUUUAUAAUAUACAAAUACUACAUCAACAAAAAGUAUAUAUAAUUGUAUAGUACGAAAUUUCUGCUUAAAAUAAUCAUAUUUUGAAACCAGUUUUCAAAAAAUAAAAAAAUUUACGACACCACAAUAAGGAACGCACAUAAAUCAAAAUUUGUAUAUCCAAUAGAACAUUGUAUAAUUAUUGCAAUAAUAAACAUGAUUUUUCAUCCAAUGAACACUUACCUAAAUUCGAUUACAAAAAAAAAACAAAUAAAAAAAAUUGAUGAACUGUUGUUUCAUAAACAGCAAAAACAAGUUUAUCUUUUGUUUCAAUUGUUGUAUAAUUCUUAUUUUUUUUAAAAAAAUAUGAAUUUGAAUGUUUACCUUAAAAAAAGAGACGUUUACCUUAAAUUAUGGCAUUAUCUAUAUUUAUUGUUAGCAUAUUUAACGUUUCAGUUACAAACCACUUUUUAAAAUAAAAUUAUAUAAAUAAAAAACAAAAGAAACCUUAUAUACAAAAUUAAAGAUACCUAAAAUAACUAAACUAUAUCCAUAGAAUGUAAUUAGCUAACCUAUACCCAUAUAAUGUUAUUUAAUCAAAUAAGUUUGCCAUAUAUGAAAUUUAUCCAAUUUUAAAACCCGCCAAAUUCACGAUAAAAAAAAAAAAUGAAAAAGAAGCCAAGAGUGCUGCUAAGGUUCUUCUCGUUUUCUUCUGAAUCCUACAUUGAUUAGAGAAUAGAUAGAUGAUCAGCAUAUUUGAACUUGGGCAAUUCAUAUAAUGCUGUUUUUUUUUUGGGUAGGAAUGGCCAAUAUACAACUGUGAAGGGUGAAAAAGGUUGAGAGUAUAUGAAAACAACAAAGAAAUUGAAGCAUGCAAUCGAAGAUUAACAACUUUUUCAAGCCCUUGUCUUCUUCAUCCCUACAUGGAAGAGUACAAACCCAUCUGAAUGUUGCAUGGCUGAGUUCGAUUAUGGGAGGGUACAGCCAGAAAUUCUGGUCACAUACCAGCGAAGACCUCAAAAUUCAAUUUGGUAUGAUAUUUGUUGUCACAUUUCUCUUCAAUUAAUAUUGUGCCAAACCUAGGGGUGAUGAAGUCAGGGGAAGUUCUGAAUAAGAAGAGAAAGUAUGCCCAGUUCUAUUUGGAAAUGGGUCAGUCUGAUUUUUGUUUACACACUUGUACUGUCUGUGGCUUCAAGUAUGCCAGAGGUGAUGAAGAGGAUGAAAAGUUCCAUAAGACGUCUCACAAGAAUUAUACGCGUGGUAUUCCAUUUAAGGGUUGGCGGAACGAAAGAAACCUUCGAAUUCCUUCACUUGAAAUUGGAAGAAUUAUCCUGGUGCUGGACGAUGACCCUCCUCCUCAGAGAAACAAGGUACAGGAAGUUGUGAAGAUGAUGGAGAUGGAACUUGGAGAUGGGUGGAUAUAUCAUCAGCUCUGCAAGGUGUACAUGUUUAUAUUUUCCCAAAGGAUAUCUGGAUGUCUUGUAGCAGAGCCCAUAAAGAAGGCUUAUAAGAUUCUCUCAAAACCAGUGGGCAGCAGGUGUAAUGUUUCACCUGAGAAGGAAGUGAGACGGACUUCAACCACACUCCAAUUUGGGGGAGUGAGUUUCCAGAGGGAAAUGAUAGGAAGAAAUCACUCAAUCAGAAGUCAUAAACAGUCAGAUGAAAGCGUCAGUGGAAUAGUCUUGUGUGAGAAGCAAGCUGUAUCUGCAUUAUGUGGUAUUAGAGCCAUUUGGGUUACUCCCUCCAACAGAAGAAAACAUAUAGCCAGCUAUUUGCUGGAUGCUGCUAGGUAACGCCAUUCACUUUCUCAGAGUUAUGGUUCUUUGAAAAUACGUUGCAUCAUGCGUGCUUAAUGAAGUUAAAAUCUCCUGACCUUGUGUCUCACACUUUAAUGAGCAGAACCUCUUGUUCCUUCUAAUCCGCUGUGUUCUUAGUGUGCAUGGUCUGGUUAUAGAACCUACAUUUGUUGUCGAAAUUGAGGAUAGGGUUAGACUAUAUAUAACCAGAAGAAUAGACUGAUUGACUGUGGUCAGGUCAGAGCCGUCUAUUGCCUGUUGGAGGUGAUUAAUUGGACCUUAUACUGUACCUUACAUAGUCUUCCACUGGAACAGGAUUCUCUAAAGCUUAAAUAGAAAUGCCCCUCAGAGGAGGAUUGAGCAAGGAAUUGACUUCACUAAAUCUAAAAAGACAACUGUUGUGGUUAAAACUAGUAAUUUCUACUUUAGUUUCAAUUAGAAAAGAAAAGGUUCAUGAAACAAGACCACUGGAAAAGGAAGAAAUACAACAGUCACAGAUCCAACAAAGCUAGUUCUCAUAGCUUGAAUAGUCUAAUGCUCUGACUUGACAAGAGUGUCUUUGUGAACUUGUAGCUGAAUUCUUCUUCACUUGCACUUAAUAAUCAUUUCUGAAAGGGGUCCUGGUAUGCAAGUAUUAUCUUUGUGGUAUGAGAAGAUCCUACCAGAGUGUGCUCCAUCUAAAUUGCAUCACACUGUUAAUUUGGAUGACUACACAGUUUUUGUGUAGUUAAUUUUUAUAUAAUAUAAAUAUGUUACCUUCUCAAAACGAAAAGGGUAGUAAUUAUUCUCUUAAAAUUGAAAUCCCUCUUUGCCAUUUGCAGUCUGGAAUGCCUAAGCUCCACAUAUAUUUUCAUUGCUUCCUAUUUACGUUUAGUUUGAACUAGCUUCUCAUUUUCAGGGAAACUUUUUGCAAGGAUUUAGUUCUUAAACGCUCAGAGUUAGCCUAUUCUCAGCCAACCUUAGUUGGAAGGGCCUUCAUCUCCAGUUAUAUAAACAGUCACUCAUUCUUGGUUUAUACACCUUUUUCUGAUGUGCAGUAACAAUUAACAACAACAACAACAUACCCAAUGUAAUUCCACAAGUGGGGUCUGGAGAGGGUAGGAUAUACGCAUACCUUACCCCUACCUUUGUGGGGGUAAAAAGACAUCUUCAGAUCUGUAGUAAGGAUUUAAGAAAUAGCUUGUUGAUUUUUUUCAGCAAAUUAUAUUUGAGCUAGUCUAGUAAUUUACUGGAUAAUCCAUCUAUAUUUAUGUGUGGGAACUUAGUGAUUUGUUUGUUUUAUGCUUUAACUGGAGCAACCAAAGCUAUUCUUACCCAAUAUAAUACAGGUUUAAGAUAAGAGUCUGACCAAUCUCUGUUACAUGUUUUACACUGAAUAUAUUCGGUUAUAAUUUUCUCAAGAAAACAUCAGAUUUCUAGCAGAUGGUCAUCUUGAACUGGAAGUCAGUUACGUGGCUCCAUACAAGAUUGAUUUACUUGUCUGAUUUCUACACGGCAGCUCUUCUGUAGGAAGACAUCAAAUUUCUAGCAACUGUUUCAGGCUGUAUACUUUACUGUUCAUUGUAGCACAAAAUCGUUCUCUUUAAAACACGUUAGAAAUUUUCUGCUGCUGUAUUCGAACAGCUGAAAUUCUCAUUGCUUUUGUCCUAUUAGGUGCUUUUUAUCUCCCAUUUGUCAGCUUCGGUGGAUAGAAUUACUGUGUACAUAUAAAAAUAUUGAAUGUAUAUUAGGUAUCCGGUUAAUUAGCUGAGGUGAAUGUGAAAGUUGUCCUAGGUCCAGUGUUGUUGAAGACUGGGUACUGGACUUUGGGCCUUUGGUGGUGGAGGAUAACAGGACAUUGUCUGUAGGUAGCUGUGCUCACGAUGAUUUGUCCCUCCUUGGGGCGUGGGUGGGAGGGGAGGACACCAUUUGAAUGCCUCUCUCGAAGGCUAUAGACCAAUCCUUACAAGAUACUAUAGAUGAAAUAUGGAAUGAUGAUAAGGUGGGGGGUGAUGAUAUCUUGUUCCCUCUUGUUAGUAAAGUGAAGUUGACAUUUGAUCUAUCUUGGAUUUUGAAAUUGUAAUUUUGAUUCCUUUUGUUUAAAACGUUCUGUUCUCAUUCAAAGUUAACAUUGUUGUAUAGAAUGGUAACUUUCAGUUAGACGAUCGACAUUUAGUUGGUGAUUCUGCUGGUUGAUGAA